UGGUGGGUGGGGCCGAACCGGCGCAGGCGCACAGAGCGCAGGGCGUUGCUUCCGGUGGCGGUGUGAGUGAGGAGCCAAGCGUUUGGAGCCGGCUGCGGUGCGAGAAAGAUAAGGGGGAAAAAAAAAACAGUCAACUCGAGAGAUGCAACAGCGGAGGGUUGUACGACAGAGCAAGUUUCGGCACGUCUUCGGACAAGCUGUGAAAAACGACCAGUGCUAUGAUGACAUCCGAGUUUCCAGGGUUACCUGGGAUAGCUCAUUCUGUGCUGUAAAUCCCAAAUUUGUGGCAGUAAUUGUAGAUGCAAGUGGCGGUGGAGCAUUCAUGGUACUUCCUUUGCAGAAGUCAGGCCGAAUCGACAAGUCAUAUCCAACAGUUUGUGGGCACACAGGACCGGUGCUGGACAUUGAGUGGUGUCCGCACAAUGACCACAUCAUUGCUAGUGGCUCAGAGGAUUGCACAGCCAUGAUCUGGCAGAUCCCAGAGAAUGGAUUGACAGUUCCCAUCACAGAGCCUGUCGUCAUUUUGGAGGGACAUGCCAAGAGAGUUGGGAUUGUAUCUUGGCAUCCGACUGCACGCAAUGUUCUCCUCAGUGCAGGGUGCGACAAUGUAAUCAUCAUCUGGAAUGUGGGAACAGGUGAGGCCAUGAUAACGCUUGAUGAGAUGCACCCAGAUAUGAUCUAUAGCACAUCUUGGAACCGUAAUGGCAGCCUGCUCUGCACAACAUGCAAGGACAAGAAACUAAGAGUGAUCGACCCACGGAAAGAGGAAAUUAUUGCUGAGAAGGAUAAAGCUCACGAGGGAGCAAGGCCGAUGAGAGCGGUGUUCUUGACGAAUGGCUAUAUCUUUACCACUGGCUUCAGCCGCAUGAGCGAGAGACAACUUGCGCUGUGGAAUCCGGAAAAUAUGGAUGAACCCAUAGCUCUGCAUGAAAUGGAUACCAGCAAUGGCGUUCUUUUACCGUUCUACGAUGCAGAUACAAACGUUGUUUAUUUGUGCGGAAAGGGUGACAGCAGUAUUCGCUACUUCGAGAUCACAGAUGAAGCACCAUAUGUCCAUUACUUAAACACAUUUGCCAGCAAGGAGCCACAGCGAGGGAUGGGGUACAUGCCAAAAAGGGGCCUUGAUGUUACCAGAUGUGAGAUUGCCAGGUUUUUUAAACUUCAUGAGAGGAAGUGUGAGCCAAUCAUCAUGACUGUGCCAAGAAAGUCUGACCUUUAUCAAGAUGAUUUAUAUCCCGAUACGCCUGGACCAGAAGCAGCAUUGGAAGCAGAAGAAUGGUUUGAAGGACAAAACAAGGACCCCAUUCUCAUCUCCCUGAAACAUGGUUACGUACCUGGGAAAAACAGAGAACUUAAAGUCCAGAGGAAUCGUUUAGACAAACCAGUACUGAACAAAAAAAGUGACACUGGCAGCACUCCCAUGAAGGGACCCACCCUCAAUGCUGAAGCAGACGUUACCCAGGCCAUGGUGACAGAGGAGGAAACCCUGUCACGAGAAGGGUUGAAAAUUGAUAAGAAUUCUGAAUCCAAGUUGGAUGAGUUGUUGCAAGAGGUCAAAACUCUGAAGGCCACCAUCGCCAGCCAAGAUGAGCGCAUUGCCAACCUUGAGAAUCAGAUGGCCAAGAUCACUAUCUGAAGCCUGUAAUAUGCUUAAUUAUAGGGGUACAGUUAUCUGGUGUGGAUUAUCGGGAAUCGUCCAGUCACCAAAACUCCAACCCUCGCUACCCUGCCAUUGGUGGAAGCACCCUUCAGCAUUCCAGUAUCAAAUUGCCCUCCUCUCUCUCCUUUCUCACUGGACUAACUUUGUUACAAUUUGGAAACGCAAUUCACUUUUUUUUUAAAAAAUAGAAUUUAUUUUCAGGAUUUUUAACAGAGGAGACAAUUGUCUCUCUUUUCCUCCACGCUUUCCACAUUGAAAAAUAUAAGUAUUAAUUUUUUUAUUCCUAACUGAAGUCCUAUGCAUAUAUAAAGGUGUGCUCUACUCUAAUACUAGAGUGAUUUCCAGGUUACACGGGCUUGUCUGUUUCUUGUCUGUCAGGUACCUGUUUUUAAAAGUGACUACACAUUCCAUGUACAAGUGCACCAGCACCAUUGAAGAACACUUAAUGGGUUCAGCUCUUAUAGAGCAAAGAAUGGUGAUCUGUCAUUAAAUAUACUUCCAGUUACAAAGAUAAAAACAUUGAUUAUAAAAUUA